AUAUUUUGCAGUGAGGGCAAGAACAGCAGCUACUUAGACGGAUUUUCAGUUAAUUCCGUUUUAAAUUUGUCCGCACAUCUCCAUUCCUUUCCUAAUUUCCUUCAUUUGACCAAUCCCUCUCCCGAUUUAGGUGUCUUAAAUCAAUCGCCUUUUGCUUCCGUUCCGAUUCCUUUCACAUUUUUCUGCUUCAAUCGUCCUGAUCUGAAUGAUGGCGGACAAGGUAGAUCCCGCGCAGAAGCUGUAUACCACAAUGCGCCUCUGGGAAUUUCCGGAUCAGUACUUGGUUGAUCCGACUGACGGAUCCUCCUCAUCGAUUCUCGCUGUUAGCCGCCUUGAUGGCUCCAUGAAUCUUAUUGAUGAAAUUCCUCAAUGCAACACGGUUCGAGUUCCUAAAAUUCAGACCAUCUAUGGUGUGGUGGGUAUGCUCAAGCUUUUGGCAGGGUCAUAUUUAUUAGUGAUAACUGGACGUGAAUGUGUUGGAUCUUAUCUUGGUCACUCCAUUUUCAAAGUAACAUCAUUGAAGGUUUUUCCAUGCGAUCACUCGCUCAAGAAUUUUCCAGAAGAACAGAAAAAGAUGGAGAGUGAGUUUUCUCGCUUACUAAAAGUUGCAGAGAGGACUCCAGGUCUAUAUUUCUCCUAUGAUGUGAAUAUGACCCUGAGUGCUCAGCGGCUGAAUGAUUUGGGUGAUGAGUCAAAAUUGCUGCCUCUUUGGAGACAAGCUGACCCUCGAUUUCUUUGGAACAACUAUAUGCUGGAAGUUCUUAUAGACAACAAGCUUGACCCAUACCUACUCCCUGUCAUUCAAGGCAGCUUUCAGAACAUUCAAGCAGCCAUUGGGAAGGAAAUCCUUGAUGUUGCACUAAUUGCACGGAGAUGCACGAGAAGAACAGGCACAAGAAUGUGGAGAAGAGGAGCUGAUUCGGAUGGUUUUGUUGCAAAUUUUGUGGAAACUGAACAAAUCAUACAAAUUCAUGGGCACACUGCGUCCUUUAUCCAGGUGCGAGGGUCCAUGCCAUUUCUUUGGGAUCAGAUUGUUGAUUUGACAUAUAAGCCAAAUUUUGAAAUCGUGAAACCUGAGGAAGCACCUCGAGUGGCUGAAAGACAUUUUUUGGAUUUAAGAAAGAAAUAUGGAAAUGUUCUUGCAGUUGAUCUAGUGAACAAGCAUGGAAAUGAGGGACGCUUGUCUGAAAAGUUUUGCCAGGCAGUGGAACCUAUUGUUAGUGAUGAUGUGAGAUAUCUGCACUUUGAUUUUCACAAGAUAUGUGGGCAUGUCCACUUUGAGCGCUUAUCCAUUCUUUACGAACAAAUUGAGGAUUUUCUCAUUAAAAGCAGGUACUUUUUGUUAAAUGAGAAAGGGGAAAAGGUUGAAACUCAAGGAGGAGUUGUGAGGACCAAUUGCAUAGACUGCUUGGACCGUACAAAUGUAACUCAGAGCACGAUAGCACGUAAAAUGCUGGAAUUCCAACUCCGGCGGCUUGGUAUUUUUGAAGCUGAGGAAAUUAUCAGUUCACACCCCAAUUUUGAUAACAGCUUUAAAAUUUUGUGGGCUAACCAUGGGGAUGAAGUAAGCAUCCAGUAUUCUGGUACUCCUGCUUUAAAGGGGGAUUUUGUCAGGUGUGGCCAGAGAACAAUUCAAGGUAUUCUGAAUGAUGGCAAAAAUGCUCUCAUGCGAUAUUAUUUAAACAACUUCGCUGAUGGUACAAAGCAGGAUGCUAGUGAUUUAAUACAAGGACAUUAUAUUGUUUCUCUUUCUCGAAGCAUGACUCCUACAGCAAAGAAAGGCGGUAUUGAGGCAGUGGCACAGUCCUUUCCAUUGGCUUUGGGAGUGAUUCUGAUUGGCUUCUUCUUCGCACUGUUGUCACUUAGACGAGCUCGACACGAUCUAUGGAGUUUAUUAUUUUCCUUCAUGUGGGCAAGCAUGAGUUUGGCUAUAGCAGUAUUUGUAAGGUCCAAUGGCCGCACCUUCUGUAAUCGCCCUCGUCUGCACCAACCUAGACGUUGAUUCUGGGCUUCGAGGAUUUUAGCUACAUGCAGCAACUCUGUAGCUAUUCUGCUACUAUUGUUAACUUAUAUUCUACUUGUAUUCUUUCAUUGUGAAACUCACAUUUUAUUUAGCUGAUACAUAUACUUACCCACUUAUUUUCUCAAUAUACAUAUAAUCAGCCACUUGUAAACCUCGGUUCCUCUAUUGUAAUCUAUUUCGUUUGAUGUUGA